UAACUUGGGCCGGUUGUGCUAAACGAAAUCAAAUUGACAUCACACUUGCAUUUUGUACGUAGUGCAUGCCGGUUGUGCUAAAAUAAAUAAACCCAAAUUCUCCAUUUCGACGUCAUGAAGCUCGCACCGACUGUGAAAUUAAACAAUGGCCGCGAAAUGCCAAUCUUGGGACUGGGAACCUAUGCAUCUCAGAACAAAGAAGGCGAGAUUGCCAUCAAACAUGCCAUUGACAUUGGAUACCGCCACUUGGACACCGCUUUCUUUUAUCAGAACGAAGCUGAGGUUGGCCAGUCAAUUCGUGACAAGAUAGCUGAGGGUGUGGUCAAGCGCGAGGACAUCUUUCUAACCACCAAGUUGUGGAACAUUUACCAUGAUCCCGAGCGUGUUGAGGGUGCCUGUCGCAAGCAGCUCGCUAAUCUUGGCCUUGACUACAUCGAUCUCUACUUGAUGCACAUGCCCGUGGGCUACAAGUAUAUCAAUGAGGAGACACUGCUGCCCAAGGACGAAGAUGGUGCGCUGUUGCUGAGCGAUGUCGAUUACGUGGACACUUACAAGGCCAUGGAACAGCUGGUCAAGAGUGGUCUGGUGCGCAGUCUGGGCGUGUCCAACUUCAACAGCGAACAGCUGAAACGUGUGCUUGAUAAUUGUGAGAUUAAGCCAGUCACCAAUCAGGUGGAAUGCUCACCAGCCAUCAAUCAGAAGAAAUUGAUUGAGUUCUGCAAGAAGCAUGAUGUCACAUUGACAGCUUACACUCCUUUGGGACGUCCCAGACCCGAGGAGCAGAAACCCGACUAUGUUUAUUCGGACAAGGUGAAGGCGAUUGCUGAGAAGUACAACAAGACAACAACGCAAGUGGCACUGCGCUAUCUGAUUGACAGCGGCGCUAUUCCCAUUCCCAAGUCGUCGAACCCGAAGCGCAUCAGCGAAAACUUUGAUCUGUUCGAUUUUUCGUUAACCGAUGAGGAGAAGGCUGUGCUCGAUAGCUUUAAUACUGGAGAACGCAUGGUACCCCUCAAUCUGAUCAAGGCUCGUAACCACAAGUAUUUCCCAUUUGCCAUUGAAUUUUAGGGCUGGAAACCUAAAAGAAUGCUUUUGUAAAUACUUAUAUGAUUAAAUAAUAAAUAGCCUUGUGAAGGUACAACUUUUA